ACAGGGACUAAUACGGCAAAACAUGGCGAGUAAAGUGACCAAAGUUGUCUUUCCUCAAAAAUUAAAAAACUUGAUCGCUUGACCCUGCAUCGGUCUAGCCUCUCGCCCGCCUGCGUCGUUCGAACAUCCUCAUCUCGCCGUUGUGUUUCCGUCUGGCAUUAUCCGCUCAACCCAGCCGCCGUUGCUCGUUGCUUCUCGUGAAGUCGUGCUCCAUCGCUGCUCGUGCUCGUUGCUUCUCAUUAUAGCCUGCGACGCCGUGCCCUCUUCUCUUCACUGCUGCUCGCGCUUGGCCUGCACCAUUCUUCAUCGUCUUCGUGCUUGUCUAAGUGGAGAAGAGAGGUAACCAAAAAUCUUCUUUGACCAACACAAUGAGUGCUGUUCACAUUGGUCUUAAUUAUUCAACUUCUCAAUCAUCAUGCAAUGUUCGGAGAUUUUACAAUGUAGAGAGACAAAGCAUAUCAGACAGUGAAAGAAAAGCUGCUCAGGUUAGUUGUCAGAGGGUUGUGGUUGCACGUCUUAAUUUAGGUGUUGAGGCACCAAAUAAUGCUGGGAAGAUUUCACUGGGAAAGACUCAGGAGGUGAUUGAGUCAGAAGGGAAGUUUUUGGUUGGAACGUAUGCAAGAGCUCCAGUUGUGCUUGAGAGUGGUGAAGGAUGUAAGUUGUAUGAUAUUGAAGGCAAGGAAUAUUUAGAUUUGAGUUCCGGGAUUGCAGUUAAUGCACUAGGGCAUGGGGAUGCAGACUGGUUGAAGGCUGUGGUUGAGCAAGCCAAUACACUUACUCAUGUUAGCAAUGUGUACUAUUCAGUCCCGCAGGUAGAACUUGCAAAGAGCCUGGUUGCUUCUUCUUUUGCUGACCGUGUGUUUUUUGCUAAUUCUGGAACGGAAGCAAAUGAAGCUGCUAUCAAAUUUGCGAGGAAAUAUCAAAGACACACAUGUACGGAUGGAAAAGAGCCAGCCAGAGAGUUUAUAGCUUUCAGGAAUUGCUUCCAUGGGAGAACCUUGGGUGCCCUUGCUUUGACAAGUAAAGAACAGUACAGAGCUCCAUUUGAACCUGUUAUGCCUGGAGUGACUUUUCUAGAGUAUGGAAAUGCCCAGGCAGCAGUAGACUUAAUUCACCGGGGCAAGAUUGCUGGAGUUUUUGUGGAACCUAUCCAAGGAGAAGGGGGAAUAUACAGUGCUACAAAAGAAUUUCUGGAAUCUCUGCGUAAUGCCUGUGAUGAGACAGGGGCUCUUCUUGUGUUUGAUGAGGUUCAAUGUGGUUUAGGCCGAUCAGGGUAUCUUUGGGCCCAUGAAGCUUAUGGUGUCUUUCCAGAUAUCAUGACACUUGCCAAACCACUUGCUGGCGGUCUGCCUAUUGGAGCAGUCCUGGUAACGGAGAAGGUUGCUUCUGCUAUAAAAUAUGGUGACCAUGGAAGCACCUUUGCUGGAAGUCCUCUGGUUUGUAAUGCUGCUAUUGCUGUAUUGAACAAAGUAUCAAAAGCUGACUUCCUGGCUUCGGUCUCUAAGAAAGGCGCCUACUUCAAAGAACUUCUGAAACAAAAGUUGGGAGGAAACCGGCACGUGCGAGAGGUUCGUGGUGUAGGGCUAAUUAUAGGAAUUGAUUUAAAUGUUUCUGCCUCGCCUCUUGUUGAUGCAUGCCGAAAUUCUGGUCUUCUAGUUUUAACAGCUGGAAAAGGCAAUGUUGUGAGGCUUGUUCCUCCACUAAUUAUAACAGAACAAGAGCUUGAGCUUGCUGCUGAAAUUCUGCACCAAACUUUGCCUGUUCUUGAUGAGACCAAUCAAAACUAGGGGAAGAGAUAUUGCCUUCCUAUCUGCAAAUUGAAAUUAGUACUUGGACUUUAUAUAUUUGCCAAAUUGUCAA